AGCGCGCUCCCGGGCUCCUGUCAAAGCCGGAGGAUGGAGGCAGCGGCGGCGGCUGCUCUGGGGAGUGCGAUAACCGGAGGGCCUCCGCCGCCUCAGGAUGAACCCCCGCCGCCCCCGCCUGUGAGAGACCGACUGGCCGGGAUGCAGAAAGGCGGCGGCGUGUGUUCCCGCUCGUACUUCGUGGUGGUGAUGGUGUUCGUGCAUGUGUACAUCCUGAAUGUCAUCGCCCUGCUGCUCUAUGUGUAUUACAGCAAUGGCAACCAACACGGAGCCGAGCCCGGAGCCGGGGAUACAGGCCAGGCAGCUGUAGGGACUCCCACCCCGGAUCCCCGGCCCAUAUCGCGCCUGGAGGAACUAGCCGGUCCCUACACAUAUCUGCCCCGGCUGGAGGGCAUCAAGGUUGGUCACAGAGAGAGGGUGGACUUGGUUCCAAACAAAAUCCAUGAACUGAGAACUCUGAGUUUGAAGCCGUUGCUGUUUGAAAUCCCUAAUUUUCUCACGGAAGAAGAGUGCAAGCUGCUCAUCCAUCUGGCCAGGUUGAAAGGACUCCAGACCAGCCAGAUUUUGCCAGUAGAUGGGUACAAAGAAGCCAUGGACAACCUUGAUAUUAGCAAAGCUGAUAUUUUUAAUCUGUUGGAUCACAACCAGGACGGGCAGCUGCAAAUAAAAGAGGUAUUAACCCACUCUCGUUUAGGCAACGGCAGAUGGAUGACCCCCGAGAACAUCAGAGAGAUGUAUUCUGCACUGAGAGCUGAUCCAGAUGGAAAUGGAGUCCUUAGCCUGGAUGAAUUCAAGAAACUAAACCUCAGGGACUUUCAUAAAUAUCUGGGCAAACAGGAGGUUACCAUGAGUGACCUGGUCAGGAAUAGUCAUCAUACUUGGCUGUACCAGGGAGAAGGUGCCCAUCAUGUGCUGAGAUCCAUUCGUCAGAGAGUCAUUAAACUUACCCAUCUGCCCCUGGACAUCGUGGAGAACAGCGAGCCUCUGCAGGUGGUGAGGUAUGACACGGGAGGACAUUAUCAUGCCCAUAUGGACAGCGGCCCGGUGUUCCCAGAGACUGCGUGCACCCAUACAAAGCUAACAACCAAUGAAACGGCCCCUUUUGAAACUUCCUGUCGCUAUGUGACUGUUCUGUUUUACUUGAAUAACGUGACGGGGGGAGGCGAGACCACUUUUCCAGUAGCCGAUAACAGAACAUAUGAGGAAUUGUCCUUGAUACAGAACGAUGUAGAUCUCAGAGAUACAAGGAAGCACUGCGACAAGGGAAACCUGAGAAUAAAGCCUCGGCAGGGAACAGCGGUCUUCUGGUACAACUAUUUGUCUGACGGAAAAGGCUGGGUUGGGGACGUUGAUGAGUUUGCUCUGCAUGGAGGCUGCUUAGUCACAGCAGGAACCAAAUGGAUCGCAAACAACUGGAUCAAUGUGGAUCCCAACAAGCAGCGGCAGCUUUGGUUCCAGCAGGAGAUGGCCCGCUAUGCCAAAGAGGACAGUGACAUACAGAGGGAGUGGGCAGUAGAUAAGUCUUACAAGGACAUGCAUAUGGAUCUAUAGGAGCCUGGUCCCACGUACGUAUCUGUCCCUGCCCAGGCAGACAUUUUACUUGCACGCCAAUAAACUCUGGGCAUUUGGAAGGUGAUGCAUUAAGAAAUACCCCGCUGGGGGUAGUUUGUACAUACCCGCUGCAGAAAUAUGCAAGUGCAAUCGCUUGGUGCCCCAACUCCAGUGGGUAAGUGAGAAAACGUCUUGGAAUCAGCUGUCAGACUGCAUGGGUCCAGGCGCCCCGUGGCACUUUAUUUCUAAGGGCAGAGUAACACAGGGACAAUUUUGUUGCUAUUGCCAUCAACGGCAAUUACAUUUCUCCUGGAAACAGCAGCAGUCAUAAACAAUAAUAUUA